UUUGAGUUCCCAUGUUUAAUUAUCUUGCCCUCCCCAUUUGAUCACCUCACUGUCACACCCCUGUUCUGUUCAUAGGCGCGUUAACUCGAGGAGAAUAUUAUUCUCUCUUUACUCUUUCCCCUCCUCUCUGCAGGCAUACCUCACAAUAGAUCAGAAUGGAUGGAGGAAGGAGGAAGAGGAUAUUGGAUGGCGAGGAAGAAGAUAGCGAGGAGCAGAAGAUGGAGAAGUUCUUUGCCUUGAUAAGAAGCACCAAGGAGGUACGUGAUCGCCUCUCUAAGGAGAGAGAGAAUAACAAGAAGUCGGAGGAAGACAAGUUUAAGAAUGUCUGGAACCCGUCUUUUCAACCCGAGGAUUUCAUUCAUGACUAUCAAGAUUUGGGAAUUAGAAGCACCCACCCAGCUGGUGGUCCUUCCAGUGAGAAGGAGGUCGACGCACAAGAUAAAGACUCAGAGCCAAUCGCAGAAACUGCGCCGCCGCCAGCACCACCGCAUGGAGAAGAAGAUGAGUUAGACCUGAAUCUUUCUUUAUAAUAACGUAUUGUGCUGAUUUGGUUAUUGGACUGCUGAUCAUUGAUUGUCACUUUGAAUGGUUUAGCGUCGGCGAUGAAUCAUCUAGCUUCGUAAAUCGGAGUGACCGACUUCUUAUGUCCCCAGUUAUGUUGUUUUAAUUCACUCGUCACAAGUUCAAUGGAACAAUUUCUUCUUCUUUUC